UUACCCGAUUCUCAAUUCUUCCCGGCUUUUGUUUCAUAAAUGUAGGUUAGUCGAUCAAAGUAUAUACGAUCGUGUUCGUUGCGUGUUCAGUGGUACUGCAGUUGUUUCACUAUUAAUUUAAUUGUGGUUCGAGCUAUUUAGCAACGAUUGUGGUAUUUAUGACGAAAAAUGCAGCACGCACACAAGAAUAUGGAGCCAUUCGUGAAUCCUGACCACCUGCCCUUGGAAAAAUUAAAAUUAGAGAUUAAGUCCGACGGUGUUGUGGAAUACGUUGAUGCUCUGAGUAAUAGGUGGAUAGAUGAUCGUUAUUUUUUAUAUUACGAAUCCCCUAACAUUUAUAAUGAAGAUGGUUCAGACAUUAUUGGGGCAAAGGAACGUUGGAUGGAAGUCUGUAAUUACAUGAUCAAUGAUUUAAAAUGGUUACUUAGUCUUCCAUUUUUUAGAUUCUGGUCGAACAUUGUAUACAAUACCUCAAUAGUAGAUGCAUUGGUAUCUUUUCUACAAGGAGCACCGCCAUUUUAUGAUUUAGAGUAUUUCCCAAAGUAUCCAGAAAUGUUGGAACUUUUAGAAACACUCAGCUACUAUGUACUUGUGGUUUUCACUCGUCUUAUUACAAACAAGGACAGCCCUGGGGAGUAUAUGGGCAAAAAGUUCCUUGGAAAUUUAUUAUAUGAAAAGUAUAUAUUUACAAUACCCAUUAUCUUUGAUCUCUGUCAGCUUUAUGGCAGGGAAAAUGAGCAAGUAGUGAAGAAAAUUUUAACCUGUUUGUUUGCAUUAGAGCCACAAUACAAUAAUGAUUUACAGAAAGUUGUUCCUUGUCUCAUACAGGCCCUUGAAAAUGUUGAAACGAAGUUUGGUCAUUGUUCUGUUCAUAAUACUGGUGAAGCAGUUUUACUGUCCAAACAAGAUACCGGUUCUAAAAAACUGACAUUAUUUACGUUACAGGAUCUGAUAAUAUAUGUAUUAGAUACAUCAUCAACAAUUACAGUGUUCUUAAAAAAUUAUCCUCUAGCAGUGAGUAUGUUUCAGAGAGAGGAUUUUAUGAACAAAAUUGUUUCAAUAUAUGAAAACGUAAUACCUGAAAUGUAUAAAAACUUAGAUAAGGUAAGACGUAAUGAUGACGACAUGCCAGAAUAUAUAGAGAUAAAACAUCGAUUAGAUGUAUCGAGGAUUGAAAUAUUGAAUCUGUUUCGAAUUAUUUUAUAUGAUUCCAUACAAAAUGUACAAGAUAACAUAAACACAGUAUCAGAAGGGGAAGUAAAAGAACAAGUGGAAAAAUAUCUUAUUUUUUUAACAAAUGCCAUUUCUGAGAAAGAAUUCAUUACAGAUUAUGACCAAUUUUAUCCAGUUACAUCUGAUCUGGAAACAUUGACUUCCAUUUGCCCUGAAGUGGUUGAUACAGUAAAAUGUGAUUACAUAUCGCGAUCAAUAAGAGCCAUUACUGGAAAAUCCAUUGUUCCAUAUACUGCUUCCUCUAAUCAAACAGAUGAAGCUGUGGCUGGACCAAGUGGUGUUCAAAGUCAAUUACCAAUAUCUACUAUCAAUAUACAUUCUCAAAAUCAGAAAAAACCUAUGACGAAACACUCUGAUGAGUUAGCAUGCAAAAUUUCUGAAAUAAAAGAUCUCUUCAAUGAUCUAGAUGAACAAUUUAUUGAGAUGUGCUUGAGAUAUUACGAUAACGAUACUGUGGCUGUGGUAAAUGCUGUAUUGGAAAAAACUUUACAUCCCGAAUUGAAAGAAUUACAGGACUUAAAAGCUGUGAUAAACAAUCCACCACCCGAUUACAUGGAAGUAUCAGCGAACGAAGAUAUUGAAACUCUGAAUCUGUUCAAGGAUAAUGAUGAUCACGUUCGUGUUAAAAAUCAUAAAGUCAUCGAAGUGUCUAAAGAUUAUAUGCUGAAGAAUUACGACCUCGUUCCGGAUGAGUACGACGACGAAUAUGACGACACAUACGAUGAUCAUGACAUACGCGGUGCUGAAAAUAAUUCCGUUGAAAUUGAUUCCCGACCCUUUACUACACCUAGAAUACUCCGUGAAAAGCAAAAUAUUGAAACAGUUAACGAAAUAGAAUCGGAGGAUGAUGAUGAUGCAGGGCCAGAACAAAAUGGCAGAGACUGUUUUAUACCGAACCCGGCUGAGUUACGCGCUAAAGCUAAUCAGCGAAUGGAAACUGUACGAGGCAGGAGAGGUUCAACCAAUGUGAUUGGUAAACCGAAGGGUCAAGGGCAAGAGAAGAACGUCAUGUACAGUAGGCAAGAGAAGAACGCUCACAAAGCGACACGUGGUAAUCACAAUCGUCGUUCAGGUGCGAAUUGGAAAAGAAAUCAAGGAAUGUUUCCAGCUUAAAUCUACCAAUACUUUUACA